AUGGCGCGCGCGGCAGUUAUUCCCGGCGUAUCGGCGACGGACGUGCCCCAACAGCGAGCGACGCGUGGACGAGGUCGAACGCCUACAACUAUAGCUACGGAUGCGCAAGAAGGGAAGAAAUCAGAACCCGCGAAACGAGGACGGAAACCUGGAAAGGCUGCCACAGCUGCAACAACAGCGGCGGCGAAGAAUAAGAAAAGUGUUGUCGAUGCGGACAGAGAUCUUGAAGAUGAGGAGGACGAUGAUUUGAGUGUUGAUGUUAGCAACAAAACAACAACCGCAACGACCGCGAAGAAAGCGACAAAGAAUGCUCGCUCGACUAAAAAGGAUCCUGCCAAGGCGGUCGUAGAAGACAAUGCUUCGUCUGAGGAAGACGACGACGAUGAUGAACUCGCCGAUUUCGAGGUAACCAAAAAGAAACCUGGAAGACCUGCGAAAGCAAAGCCUGCGCCAACUGCAACAGUAACAGCAACCAAACCGACUCGUGGACGACCCAAGACGGUCAAAUCGACUGACCAGCAGGAGCAGGAUGGGGCGACAGAAAAGAAGACAAGAGGUCGACGACCAGCUGCGAAACAAACAACGGACAACGACAAAACGAUUUACGUGGCGACAGCCUCUACAAUGUCAAGUCUAGCUAAAGCUCGCACUUUAGGAGACCCGGCGAAGAAGAAGAAAGUCACCUUUGCCGACUUGACGGACUCGGAUAAUGAGGCAUCGGAAGUGGAAGAGCAGAAACCUGCCGCUAAAAGUACAGCAAAAAAAGCAACGGCAGGUACAAAGUCGAGCGGACUCAAGGCCAAACCAGUCCGCAAAGCUGGAACUGCGACGAGAGGUCGACCACCUAAAUCUCAGACUGCUGCUGCCGUGAAGCCGCUUUCACCUAAGAAGGCUACGCAAUUGGCUAAGGGAUCGUCUUCAUCGGCCAGUUCUGGCGAUGAAGAUGAGCUUGCACAAGAAAAGACUGUUUAUUCCCUGGUCGUCCAAAAGUCGCCUGUGAAGACCCAAGAACCUCAACAUACUGGCCUCAGCUCACCCGUCAAAAGGAUCAUGCUGCCUGGUCAGGUCAGCACUCCAGCCCGACCUCCAUCGCGAGGAACGAUUCCACAAGACGAAAACUCAGUACCGUCCUUACCCAACCCAUCAUCAACACUGCGCGAUUCGGUGUUUAUGGGAAGUCCCGCCCGGCGUCCGCCGCCAUCAACAUCCAAGGAAACCAUCAGGGAUACGCCUCGACGCGGUCCGCUGUUUAUCAGCCAUCCAUCUGCAUCAAAGCUGUCGGCCACGGAGACGAACUCGUUCAUGGAAAAAUUAUCGCCGUUAAAGGCAUCGCCUAAGAAGGGAGGUAAUCUUGCGUCGUUUAUGUCUGCUUCGCCGGAGAAGGGGUCAUCUACCCCAUUUAAUGCGAAAUUGUCGUUGCUCAAGAGUCCAGCGAAACGCAUUCAGUCGCCGUUUGUUUUUCAAAAGUUGCAUGAGGGCAAGCUGUUACGGCCCGAGUCAAGCACGAAUGACGAUGAUGAUACUGAGAUGCGCGAUGAUGACGUGUUUGUUGAUGACAAGGCUGAUGAUCUUAGCGAUGAUGAACUUUCGAUGGAGUUGAAGACAAUUCAUGAAGGCCACGACGAUGAUGUGUUGGUGAAUCACCCUGUGGAACAAGAGGAGCCAGAAGACGAGAACGAGCAGACAUCGGAUGUUGACGAAGAAGUUGAGGCAGUUGAUAUCGUACAAGAUCAGGCCGAGUUUGUGCAAGAAGCUGACCCUGUUGAUGUGCACGAGGACAUCCAGGAUCAGCAAGAGGAACUUGCAGCGGAUGAUGUUGAAAUGUCUCAGGAUGAGCCUGACGUGAAUGAUGAGAAUCGCAACCCGGAAGAUGUCGAGGAUCAUGAGAUUGUGCAGACCAGUGAAAUGGACGACAAUGCCGAAAGUGAUGCGGAGAUGGAAGAGGAUGUUCCAGAGGAGGAACACGCCUCGUUGGAAGCUGCAUCGGAAAAUGUCGAUAAUGUACAGCCUACGAUUGAGGAAACAGCUCAGCAGCUACCGGCAAGUGAACAGCAAGAUAUCAUCGAGGACCACAUUGAAGAGACCACAGAAUCCGACAACGCAGACCCUAAUGAAGUGGUGAUUCAGGCUGAGCUUGAAGACGAACAUGACGACACACUACCUGAAAUCGACACACCGCGUUCGAACGCAACCCUUCAAUCAGCCCGUUCAUCUAUGGAUCCACGAGACGUAGUCCACGCUGAUGAAGUGGAUGAAGUAGUGAGCCUGUCAACUCAGGGAACUCCUCGAUUCAUUCCUCCUGCCGCUCCCUCGCCACCAAUCGCUUCUCCCAUGCGCCACUUCAAGAUGUCCUACAGAGACCACACUGAUGACAUGUCCGAAUACGGUGCGAGCCCAGCUAGCAGACGCCAAUCCGUCUUUUCCAACCGCAACAGUAUUCUUCCAGACUCCGGCGAUGCUGCUGAUGACACCUUUACUUCGCUGGCCGCUAAACUGGAUUCAUGGAACGCCAGCAGUCCUGCAAAACAACGAAGCAAGUCACCGCAACGGAGUAUAUUUUCUCCUGUUGUUCCCAAGAAUUUGGCGGCUCCGAGCCGGUCGAUGCAGGGAAACAAGUAUAACCAGAUCCAGUCAAUGCGCCAGUCACUAGCUGCGAGACAUUCGUUGGCAAAUUCCGUCGUUAUGGAUGGUGAUGAAUCGGAUACUGUUGCCAGACAGUCUCCGGAAAAGCAAUCUUCUAAAGCGGUAACGGGAGGCGAGGAGCAGGCUCAAGCUGAGCCCCAUACAGUGAAACCCGAAGACAAAGUACCCCAGUUGCCAAUGUCGAUCACACCAGUCAGAGUCAACCGUGAUGCCAUUCGUACCGUGCACACAGUAUCAAAAGUGCCUUUGAAGCCAGAGGCCGACGAGUCGCCUAUCAAAUACCCUCGCAAGCGUGCUAGGUCAAUGUCGAUUGACAUCCAGCUGCCAAUCAGGGCCUCACCAGGACGAUUUAAGCUGGUUCCCAAGAGUCGCAAGUCGACAACACCUGACUCGCCUGUCCCAACACCGACGAAGCGGAGCCCAUUGGCAGAGAUUAAGGAUACGGCAGAAUCUGAACGUACAGUCCCUUCCACUACAGCAAGUCCAGCAAAGACUCCUCGGCGGGACCUAAAGGCCGACCAACAAUGCCUUCGCGGCGCAGUCGUCUUUGUUGAUGUGCAUACCACUGAGGGCGAAGACGCAAGUGGAAUCUUUGUUGAGUUGCUUACACAAAUGGGCGCAAAGUGCGUCAAAUCAUGGCCAUGGAAUCCACGAUCUAGUGAAUCUCCCGGUGUGGAUGGCACGGAUUCGAUGAACAGCAAAGUCGGCAUUACGCAUAUCGUGUAUAAAGACGGAGGAGUUCGUACAAUGGAGAAGGUACGACAGGCUGGUGAUUUGGUGAAAUGUGUUGGUGUUGGAUGGGUUCUUGACUGCGAACGAGCCAACAAAUGGGUUGAUGAAGCCCACUACUAUGUCGAUAGCACUAUCAUCCCCCGCGGCGGCGCCAAACGGAGAAAGAGCAUGCAGCCUCGUGCCAUAGCCAAUGUCAACGGCUCUCUGCAAUCAUCCACAUCCUCAUCUUCUUCGUCGUUGUCAUCGUCAAUCGGCCAUGGCAGCAGCACAUCGAACCGUCGUUCGGGACACCCAGCCAACCUGGAAGAUACAAUGGAAGACUUUCGACGCAUGAGUCCCAACAACAGCGUCAACGAGCAUAGCCCCAAAACACCAACCAGCGCCAAAACCCCUUCCAACAAGAACAAUGCCGACGAUGAUGAAGAUUCAGAGUACAAUUUUAACUUCAACUUUGAUUUCUCCGCAAUGUCCCCCGCUACACCAGGCUUCCUUCGACUGACACAACAAACUUGUCCUCCCAAACAGUCAAACCAAGGCCUCUUUUCUUCCAUGCUGUCUGACUCCAGCCGCGGGUUGAGUCUCGAUGACUCCGAUGGAUCCUCAUCCGGCGCGAAUCUGCGCGCAAAACUGGAGGCAGCGAGACGGAAGAGUCUGGCAUUUAAGCCGCGUUUCGGAAGUCCGUUAUCGCGCUCAUAA